UACCAGUCCGCUUUGAUAUCAAGAGACCAUUUCACCUACGACUACUACCACCACCGCAACACCAUGGCGAGAUUCAACAUUCGCGCAAAGCCAUCUGAUGACCCCCGCUGGCGAGGAGGCCACCGCCACUACUUCACUCUCUUCACCAUCAAAAAUCUCAUCAUAAUUCCGUUUGUCAUCUUCGUCAUCGUCGAAAGCCGGCUGCUGCGCUCAUGGUGGGGCGACCAGCCUAUGGACUACGACUUCAAAGAUCACUGGUGGCACCGCAUCGGCAUCGCUCUACUUCCCGAUGCCGCAUUGACUCUGGGAACGACUUUUGGUCUCUGCACGCAAAACUGGCAUCCCAUCACCGCAGUCGUGACAACGAUUGCUAUCCUCGGCCCGUGGGUGUACUGCACAUUCGUCAACCCAUUUGUCGCGUACAGCAACGAGAGGUCCUUCCGAAACAGCGAUACGUGGUCGAACCUGUGCUACGGGGAGGCGGCGUUCCAGGUUGUCAUCACCAUCAUCUACUUUGUCAUGCUUGGGUUCGCAAGCAAGGGCGUGCACGUGUGGAGGAAAGCUAGGGGGGAGAGGCAUACGAAUUUCGAGAUGAACGCGAGGAAGCCCAGCCAGAGCACCGACUACUCGGAGUAUACGGCAGGAUCGAGGGUUUAA